GAUGUGCAAUUGCACCCUAUCAUGCAUGCAUUUGAUAUCGAACUUUGUAUCUAGGGACUACGUUCGCGUAUUUAGACCUUAUCAUGCGGGCGUGCGGUAUGAUACAUGAAAUAGGAAUAGAGACUGUGGCAUGAUCGAAGAGGGAUGAAUGAGUCGCGCUUGCUAUCCAACACAGUGGGUUUACGGAGCGCUGUAAGAAUUAAGUGUUUCCAAAUUGGACUAGUGCAUGCCGGGUGCGGCCCUCUGGGCUACCCGAUCCAAAGAAAACUCCUAGGCCUGGGGAACAACGGAUGAGCUGUAAUCCUCGGCAUGAAGAAGCUGGGGGCGACGUGCUGCGGCUCGUCUGUUACUCCCCUUUGGAAGUCGACGCACCUAGAAUGAAUGCAGCUUCCCGCUGGCGCAUAUGAAGUCUGCUCCCGCGCCGGAAAAGUUGCCGUACUCAUCUGCCGAGGGAGAGGCGUCAACGUUGAGAAUUAGAAUCCCCGUGGACAGCGCCUGCUGGCCGCUGAUUGGGGUAGAGAGAACUCGGAAUUGUGCGACAUGCAUCUGUCACAUUUUGUCUUGCUCGGAAGCUGACCGCGGCGGGAAUUGUGCUGCAAGCCCGCUGGCGCAUAGAUGCCAUGCCAGCUCAGCGACUCGAUACGACGUCUGCAGCCCCCACGCGCUGCGUACGAGGACACUGCUGAGCACCGUGAGUGGCUUGUCCACAUCCCGAGCAGAGGUGCCUUGCGUCGUGCGAACGGCUGGCGCAUCCUGCGGGCCGUUGCCAGUCGUAGCACAAGGCGUGUCCGCCGUCGGUGAGGACAAUGCUCUUCCGGAUGCGCUUGGUGAUGGUGUCGAAAGAGCUGUCCCAGGUCUUCUCGGCGUCGCAGGAGUAAAUAUGGUGCUGAUGGCGGCCAAGGCAUAUGGCGCAAGCGGAACGAACCGACCCGCCUGCGCCGCUCGGAAAAGACGGCGGUUUGCGGCUAGGGUAAGGUGCCGAUGUCCUUUUUCUAUUUGGCUUGGUGCGAACAGCUGAACCAUCGACGGAGGCGUCAGCUCCACGAUGGGAGGAGGGGCUCUGCACUGGGGAUGCUUGGUCGAGGGACACGCGCAGCGCGUCCCAAUGCGCGUCGUUCACUGCAUCUUUCGCCGCUCGAUCUGCCUGGUAGACGCAAUGGUAAGUGUCACGUAAG